AGAGAGAGAGAGAGAGAGAGAGAGAGAGAGAUAGAUGUAGAGGAAGCAGGAGGGGGAGCCGAGCAUUACUGUUGUCUCUGCUGUGGAUCUGGUCGCUGUGAUCAGAGGGGAGAGGAUCAUCAUCGAACAACCAGCGGCUGGUUUUCAGGCCCAGCUGCAGCAACAUGACCAAGGAGGAGAACCUGGAGGUGCAGGAGAAGGAGAGGCACGAUCGGGAGGAGCAGGAGAGGGUUCAGAGAGAGGAGGAGGAGGCUCUAACCGAAGAGGAGGAAGAGGAGGACGAAGACGAGGAAGAGGAAUAUGAGCUACAGGAGGAGAGGGAGGGAGAAGAGAGGGCAGAGGUGGACGAUGAGGACGACGACGAGCAGGAGGAGGAGCGGGAGGAAAGAGAGGAGAGGGAGGGAGAGGAGGAUCCACCAGCCGGUCGGGAGCCUGAGGCUGAGCCAGUGCCCGAGCCCCUGUCAGUGUCCGAGUACCAGAGCCCGGUCAACGAGCCACGCCGCAGAGCCAUGGUUCACCCGUCUGCCCAGGCACCGCUGCCCAAAGACUAUGCCUUCACCUUUUUCGACCCGAACGACCCCGCCUGUUUGGAGAUCCUCAUGGAUCUUCGUACCACCAUCCCAGAGCUGUUCGCCAUUGUGCGUCAGUGGGUUCCCCAAGUGCAGCACAAGAUUGACAUCAUCGGCAACGAGAUCCUGAAGCGUGGUUGUCACGUUAACGACCGCGAUGGUUUGACUGACAUGACGCUGCUGCACUACAGCUGUAAGGCCGGAGCACAUGGAGUUGGCGAUCCGGCGGCGGCGCUGCGUCUCACCAGUCAGCUGAUCUCUCUGGGCGCCGACGUGAGUCUGAGGAGUCGCUGGACCAACAUGAACGCCCUCCACUACGCCGCUUACUUCGACGUUCCAGAACUGAUCCGAGUCCUGCUCAAAGCUGCUAAACCCAGAGUGAUGAACUCUACCUGCAGUGAUUUCCACUACGGUACAGCCCUCCACAUCGCUGCCUCCAACCUCUGUCUGGGUGCAGUGAAGUGUCUGCUGGAGCACGGAGCCAACCCCACUGUCCGGAAUGAUAAGGGCCAGGUUCCAGGGGAGGUGGUCCCUGACCCGAUGGACAUGAGUCUGGACAAGGCAGAGGCAGCCAUGGUGGCCAAAGAGCUGAAGCAACUGCUGCUGGAUGCCGUCCCUCUGAGCUGUAACCUCCCUAGAGCCACUCUCCCCAACUAUGACAACAUCCCAGGAAACCUGAUGCUGUCCUCGCUGGGGCUGAAGCUGGGAGACCGCGUGUUGCUGGAUGACAUGAAGCUCCAGAGAGACCAGAGCAGAGACGACGUCCCGGCUGCAAACCUCACACAGACCGGCACCCUGAGGUUUUGUGGUACGACAGAGUUUGCCAGCGGUCAGUGGGUCGGCGUGGAGCUCGACGAGCCUGAGGGAAAGAACGACGGCAGCGUGGGUGGAGUCCGCUACUUCAUCUGCCCUCCGAAGCUAGGGAUUUUUGCCCCGGUGUCAAAGAUUUCCAAGGCUGUGGACCAGACACCUUCAUCUGUGACCUCCACCCCCCGAACCCCCCGCAUGGACCUGGCGUCCCGCCUUGCUGGGAAGACCAAGAAGGAGAAAGAGAAGAAGGAAAAGGAGAAAGAGAAAGCCCAGAGGAAGAAGUCGUCCAUUGCCAGUCUGGAUCCAGAGGGACUGAAUGUGGAGGUUGGAGAUCAGGUUCUGGUGGCCGGACAGAAACACGGCAUCGUCCGCUUCUACGGCAAGACCGACUUCGCUCCAGGUUACUGGUUUGGUAUUGAGUUGGAUCAGCCGACAGGGAAACACGACGGCUCAGUGUUUGGAGUCCGUUACUUUAACUGCCUGCCCAAAUAUGGAGUGUUUGCGCCGCCCUCCCGCGUCCAGAGAAUUGGAGGCCCUAAAGACGGCUCACAGAAUGACAACUCCAUGGUGAAGAAAGUCCACCAGGUCACCAUGUCACAGCCGAAGCGUAACUUCAACACAAUGCGUUCUCCUAAAGACCUGACCUCUGAGAGCUCCAUAUCCAGGUUGCUAUUCUGCUGUUGGUUUCCGUGGAUGCUGCGUGCUGAGAUGCAUUCCUAACAACCCCCUGUUCCUUCUCCCUCUGCUCCCCCACCAUAUUGAUUUCUCUGCUCUUUCUUCUCUCCAUCUUUUACUUUUCCGUCCUCUUUGAGUCUCUUCAGACUAUCGCUAUCGCCGGUCAAACUUCUCAUAGUGAAAACCCAGUCUCUCUUACGCUCAGCCCAAUCCUUCUAAUUUAGCCGUUCUAUAGCAAAAUCUAUAGUGCCUUGGAUCUGAUCAAAACGUCCUGCAUUCCUUUAAUGAAACUGAAACAGCUCUGCUAAAGCAAUUCCCCUAAAUUUAUCUUUGUAUCCCUUCGCUCGUCUUAUAAUCCCAUUGUCCCAACCUGGUAUUUUACAUGUUGUGCUUUUAUUCAGGGCAGAAAAAUACAGCUGUAUACUUUCUCUAAGGCUAACAAACACUACUGAACAUUAGUUUGUGCUGCUACAUGUUUUGUUUUUUGCUGCUACUAGAUUUGGGUCUUGCCAAAUUUUGAAAUGAGUGCCAGAUGAAUUUGUCAUAAACUUACUUAUCAAUCAAGGUUGGCACCUGUUAGCUAAAAGAGGACAAUAACGUGAACACUUUGACUCAUAGAUUGUGGUUUGUAAAAAACAGACUUUGUAUAAGUACCUGAAAACAAACAACAAUGACCUGGGAAACAAAUCCUGAGUCAUGAAGGGGGGUGUAACUGAGAGUCAUGAUACUGUGCUGUUAUGAAAGAGCACAUGGAGGCACAAGUGUUCACAUUUUGCUUGUUCUCUGCAACGUUUCCAAACACAGCAGUGUUUGAGAUAGAUUCUGCGUAGCUCAAAAUGUUUUGGUACUUGUGCAGAAAUUUUUUUGGAUAUGGAGUUGUUUGUUAACAUCUGGCUGCUGCUUCCUCACUACUUAUCUGAGACCAAGAACUGCAUCAUAACAGCCACUGUCUCUGUUGUGUAAAUCCACCGUCCUCUGAUCCCAUGGGGGCAGUUGAGGUAGACACUCUUUAAGACACCUCAGCUGUGGUGUCCAUUGGCAGAAUAUGGCUAAAUGAGAGCCGUGCAUGGAUGGUCUCUGAUGAAGCACUGAUAUAAACAUGUUUCAGAGCAGCCUUGAACCAGAGGGAUAGCUUCUCUGCUCAGAGCACUGUGGUUACACAUGUGUAGCUGCAGAUCCAGUCUCAAUCCUAGAAAACUUAUACAACUCUAUAACUAAACUGAGUGUGAGGAACUUUUAUCCCCUGCAUGCUUUAAUCUCAGAUGUCAAAAUGAAAACAGGGUUUAUCUGCUAUUUUAUCAUAGUGUUACAGUCAGUUAUAUUUUUUUACCUCUCAGAUGUAUGCAACAGGCCUAAUUUUAACGUUAGGAUGUGAGAUAGCAAAAUAGUUCUCGGUUUCUUUGUGACAUCUCCUGUCACAUACAGGGAUCGUUGCUCUGUAGUUUAUACGGACGCCAUCAUUUUACCACUAGUUGAAUUUGAUGUAACUGCACAUCUUAAAGAUAAAACACAGCUUUAAGUUGUUUACUAGAAAUGUUAACACAAACGAAACAGUUGGACCUUCCCUCCCCUGAACAACAGAAGACUCAGUUUUAGUCAGUUUAAUAGAAGUAGAUAGACGAAUAACUGUCAUCAUUUAUCAAACAUUAGUCCAUCUAGUUAGAGUUAAAUUACAGUUUAUUAUAGACAUCUUAUAAAUAAAGAGCUGCAGUCAUUAACCAAAACUGCUAACAGACCCAAAAUCAUCAUUAUCUUUGAUGCAACUUCAAAAUCAAAAAUGUUCAAAUCAGAAAUGUGUUUUCAACCCCAUUAAAUGUUGUAUUAUGG